AUGUCUGUGGGCGACAACCCUCACCUGCUUCUGGGCAGGAUUCGCUUUUUGAACAGAUGCAUCGAGGGUUUCAGGAAGAGCCAACCUCUGCCAGAGUGUCUGUGUUAUGUCCCCAAAGAAGUGUGCUACAAAAUCUGCAAGGACUCAUCGGCCAGCAACGCCGCCUCCUCUGGGGCCUCGGCAGGAGGCUCCACCGUGGGCAAAACGAUGGUCCCCGUCUUUGAAUCUCCGCACCAAGUUCCCCACAGCAAGAAAUCCUCCAAAUACAACAUUGAGCCAAAGAAAGGGACCUGCAUCCGGACCACGGGGGAGGAAUACUGCAACAGCCAGGGCCUUUGGGUCAAAAUGAAUAAGGAGCAGCUGGAGGAGCACCGCCCGGCCCAGGAGCUGGAGGAGGGCUGGAUCCUGGUGUGUAAACACACCGAGGGAGGCGACCGGCUGGUGCCCGUGGAGUCUCCAGACACCAUCAGCAGGCAGCAGCAGCUCUUCGGCUUCGACCACAAGCCCUGCAACCGGUGGGAGCAAGUGGUGGACGUGGAGAACGCGCUCUACAUCGGUGCCAAAGCCAAGAUCUCAGAGUGUGACGCCGCUGCCGUCCAGAAGCUGAAGUAUGUUCCUCCUACCUGGACGUACGAAUGUGACGAGGACCUGGUGCACUACUUUUACGACCACAUCGGGAGGGAAGACGAAAACCUGGGAAGCGUGAAGCAGUGCGUGACCAGCAUCGACGUGUCUUCCUGCUCAGAGGAUCCCAACGGGGGGGUGAGCUGUCUGACGGAUGGCGACACCGAGACCUACUGGGAGAGUGACGGCAUGCAGGGACAGCACUGGAUCCGCCUGCACAUGAAGAGAGGCACCGUGGUCAAUAAGCUGAUACUGACUGUGGACUCGACUGAUGACAACUACAUGCCUAAGAGGGUCACGGUUUACGGAGGAGAGGGAGACAAUCUGAAGAAGCUGAGUGACGUCACCAUAGACGACAAUCUUAUAGGGGAAAUAUGCGUGCUGGAGGACAUGACCGCCCACCUGCCUGUCAUCGAGGUUCGGAUAGAGGAAUGUCGAGAUGAAGGAAUCGACGUGCGGAUCCGGGGUUUGAAGAUCAAGUCUUCUUGUGAAAGGGACCUGGGUCUGAACGCUGAUGUUUUUCAGUCCUCCAACCUGGUGCGUUACCCCCGUCUGCAGGGCACCCCUCCAGACAUCCUGUACCGCAGAGCCUUGGUCAUCCAGAGGUUUAUCUGCCUCCUGGACAGUGUGCUGCCUCAUGUGGUGCCCGCCUGGGACUACAGCCUUGGCACCUUCAACCAGAUCAAAGUGUACGAGGGUCUCAAGCCAUCUGACAAAUUUGAGAAAACUUUGGAUUACAGGUGGCCCGCUCGCUAUGACCAGUGGUGGGAAUGCAAGUUCAUUGCAGAGGGAAUCAUCGACCAGGGAGGAGGCUUUCGGGACAGCCUGGCAGACAUGUCGGAGGAGCUGUGCCCCAGCUCAGCCGAGUGCCCCAUGCCUCUCCCGUUCUUCACCAGGACGUCCAACCAGGUAAUGGCUCUCCAUCACGGCCUGCAUCCUGUCGCAGUCAGACUGGACCUCAGUGUCCUCACUCUUCUGGUGCUGUCCUUUUUUUUUGUCUGUCAGGGAGCCGUGGAAGCCAGGGAUUACUACGUCCCCAACCCAUCCUGUAAAGACUUCCAUAAGUACGAGUGGAUCGGUCAGCUCAUGGGAGCGGCUCUCAGAGGGAAAGACUUCUUAGUCCUGGCUCUGCCUGGGCUGGUGUGGAAGCAGCUAACUGGGGAGGCCACCAGCUGGAGCAAAGACUUCCCCGCAGUGGACUCUGUGCUGGUGAACUUGCUGGAGGCCAUGGAGAACAUGGACAAGGAGACCUUUGAUUUCAGGUUUGGGGAGGAGUUGGUUUACACCACCCUGCUGACCGACGGUCAGAUGGUGGAGCUCAUUCCCGGCGGCAGUAACGUGGCAGUUUGCUACGAGGACCGCAGCGAGUUCAUCCGCCUGGUGCAGAAGGCUCGACUGGAAGAGAGCCGGCAGCAGAUCGCAGCCAUGCAGGCGGGGCUGCUGAAGGUGGUUCCUCAGGCCGUGUUGGACCUGCUCACCUGGCAGGAGGUGGAAAAGAAAGUGUGUGGGGACCCGGAGAUCUCCGUGGAGGCUCUGAAGCGACUCACACGCUUUGAAGACCUGGAACAAAGUGAUGUUAGAGUGCAGUAUCUAUGGGAGGCGCUGACUAACUUCACCAACGAGGAUCGCAGCAGGUUUCUGAGGUUUGUAACUGGUAGAAGUCGUCUUCCUGCACCAAUCUAUGUCUUCCCCGACAAACACGGCUUUGAAACAACUGAUGCACUUCCACAGUCCUCCACAUGUUCAAGCACCCUUUAUCUACCCAACUAUCCAAGUGCGAAGGUCUGUGAGGAGAAGCUGCGCUACGCUGCGUACAAUUGUGUGGCCAUCGACACCGACAUGAGCCCAUGGGAAGAGUGA